AUGGAUCCGUUGUCAAUGACGGCCAGCAUUAUUGCUGUAUUACAGCUCACAUCAACCCUCACAAGCUACAUCAACGAGGCAAGAAAUGCAACAGCAGAGCAGAAGAAGGUGGCAGUUGAGGCUGGUAAUCUCUACGGUCUCUUGACCAAUCUGCGCUUUCAAGUAGAAGAAGCCCGAUUCAACGAUCCUUGGUUCAAUCAAGUGAAGCUGUUGGGAGUUCCAAAUGGUCCGCUCGACCAGUUCAAAGGUGUUCUUGAGUCCAUGGUAAAACAAUUGCCGACAUCUAGGAAAAGAGACCAAGUCAAAUCAGCACUAUUGUGGAAAUUCACCAAAAAGGAAGUAGAAGAUGCAUUGGCUCGAAUGGAACGGUUGAAGACGCUCAUCAGCUGCGCCCUGACAAAUGACUUGAUGGCCUUGUCAAGAGCGAUCCAUGAGGAUUUGGAGACGGUACGAGAACAGAAUGAACAACUUUGCACGCGGAUGGACCGCCUGCAAAUCCGCGCGGAUCAGGAACUGCAGGAUAAAUUGUCGAAAUGGUUGAACAUACCAGAUCCGUCCACAAACUACCACGCAGCGCUGCAGAAGCGACACCCUGAGACGGGGCAGUGGCUCCUCAGCGGUCAACGCUUCACUGAGUGGAAAAGCUCGACGUCAUCAUUGAUGUGGCUCCACGGUAGUGCGGGCUGCGGCAAGACCAUCUUAAGCGCUGCAUCGUUACACAAUAUUCUUCAGCAUAAGGAGUCUUACCCCGAUACGAUAGUGAGCUACUUUUAUUUCGAUUUCAAUGAUGCAGCGAAACAGUCCUCUGAAAAGGCUAUUCGAUCAUUAUUAUUCCAGGCUGCUCUACAGGCUAACGACAUCCUCCACGAUCUUGAAACACUAUAUAAUCAAUACAGUGGCGGACAGCAGCAGCCCGCAGAAGACAGUAUUCACUCACUGCUUAAAAAAGCAAUGGUUCGUUCAGGAGUGAAAUACAUCAUUCUAGAUGCUUUGGAUGAAUGUAUAGACCGUGAAGGUCUAUUACCUUUUAUUCGAGAAGUGGCAACGUCCCAACUACGAGAUCUCCAUAUCUUGGCCACGAGUCGUCGGGAGAAGGACAUUGAAGACGAAUUGAGUCCGGUUGCGGACCACAAUAUCAACAUUCAAAGUGCCAUUGUAGACGAGGAUAUACGUAUCUACAUUCGCGAUCGGAUAGCCAUCGACGCGAGGCUGAAGAAGUGGCCAGUGUCGGUGCAGAAUGAAAUCAUGACGGCGUUGAUGGAGAAGGCCGGUGGAAUGUUUCGAUGGGUAUUUUGUCAACUUGAGUCUAUUCGCCAGUGUAUCCAGUUGAAGGCGCUGAGAAAGGCGCUAUCGUCCCUCCCAAAGACGCUAGAUGAGACGUAUAAUCGAAUACUACAAAGUCUCGAUUCAGCCGGGCAGCUUCAGAAUGCUAUUAAAGCCUUGCAAUGGCUCUGUUUCUCGAACCGCCCUCUCGAGUUAGCAGAAAUGGUCGAGAUUCUCGCCAUAGAGACUGGAGAUCAAGGGGGAUUUGAUCCGGAGGAACGGCUUCCUGAUCCCAUGGAUGUUAUGGUUGUCUGUUCUACCCUGAUUGUCUUGAAUCCCAUUAAUAGCAACGGAGAUUUCUGGGAAGACAGUGACACAGACAACGUCGUCUCAGUGGAUGGGAGUGACAAAGACGCUGACCGGAUGCAAAUUCGGUUGGCACAUUUUUCUGUCAAGGAAUUCUUCCUGUCUGACCGCUGUGCGUUUCGUCAGAGUUUUCAGUCACAAGUCUGCCACUCUAUUGUUGCAGAAGGUUGCCUGCGUUACUUGCUCCAUCUUUGUCACGAUGGACCCUUGACUGAAGAUCUCGUCGCGCAGUAUGCCCUGACGAGAUACGCGGUGGAGGAGUGGUGGCAGCACCUGCAGACCAUCAGCCGCAUUAUUGACGGGACACUUCUUGACGGGACACUUCUGCAACUUACCUUACGGUUCCUCACGGAUGUGGAUGCCUCCCUACUUUCAUGGGUACAACUUUACGAUAUCGAUAGCCCAAAAGGAAGGAUGGAUUUCUCGGUAAAAGCCGAGGAUGUGGCUCAGCCUCUAUAUUAUGCGGCAGAUAUAGGUGUUCCUACAGUUGUUAAGGAGAUCCUGGGACGAAAUAUCGACGUCAAUGCAGAAGGGGGACACUACGGCACUGCGCUACAGGCGGCAUCAGGUCGAGGCCACGAGGCGGUGGUGCAGAUACUGCUGGACGCGGGGGCGGACGUCAACGCGCAAGAGGAAUACUACAGCACUGCGCUAAAGUUAGCAUCAUAUCAAGACCACGAGGCGAUAGUGUAG